UGAGCCAGAGAGAGAGAGGAGGGGAGAGAUGGGGGGAUGAAUAACGUCGGGGUGGGACACUGAAGGGACGGUGGGCUCAGCUUGCAGCUGGACGAGAGAGCUGCACAGAGGGAAACAACUGCGCAGCAGGGAAUGAGAUUGGUACGCAGGUGAAAAAAAGCGCAAUUGGAUGCAUGAGUUUCCAAUUAAAUUACUUGAACUUGCGUUGUAGAUAACCGUUUCCAGGAGCAAAUAGAUCCGCAGUAGAGGGGAAGCAGGGCGAGAUGCGCUGCGUCCCUGGCGCCGCGGGCGCGCUAUCCGAGGACACGAGGAUCGACAGCUGCGCACGUACACCCCGCUUUUAGAUGGCUCCAACAUUUGGGGUGCAAAACAGGUGUCAGGGAAGUGUCGUCACGAACCCCGGAAGCCGGAGGAGGUGGGAACAUCAGAGGGAAAGAUGGCAGCGAAAUCCGAUGGUCGCGGGGUCGUCACCGGUUUCGCCCAGCUGCACAACCUGGACGAGGUGGUGGGCACCGGAGAGGACGACCCUCGGAACAGCAGCUCGUUCCACAUAUGUCACUGCUGCAACACCUCGUCGUGCUACUGGGGCUGUCGGAGCGCCUGCCUGCAUUACCUCCGGGGGAAGGGGAAGGGGAGAGAUGCGGCGCGGCCACCGCAGGAGGAGCGCCUCUGGCUGGACUGCCUGUGGAUCAUCCUGGCGCUGCUGGUCUUUUUCUGGGACGUGGGGACCGACUUGUGGCUGGCCGUUGACUAUUACCACAAGCAGGACUUCCUGUGGUCGUGCCUGACCCUGUUCUUCGUUCUGGUGCCCUCGGUUCUGGUCCAGAUCCUGAGCUUCAGGUGGUUUGUGCAGGAUUACACCGGAGGGGGACUGGGCUCCGUGGAGGGGCUGAGUCGUAGAGCUACGGCCACUCUGCAGAGAGACAGCUGCUGCCGCCUCUCUGUCUGGGUCUGGCAGACCGUCAUACACAUAUUUCAAUUGGGACAAGUGUGGAGGUACAUCCGCACCAUGUACCUCGGGAUACAGAGUCACCGGCAGAAGGAGAACCAGCGGCGCUUUUACUGGGCCAUGAUGUACGAGUAUGCCGAUGUCAACAUGCUGCGACUGCUAGAGGCCUUCUUAGAAAGUGCCCCUCAGCUGGUGCUGCAGCUCUGCAUCAUGAUCCAGAGCAACAAGGCUGAGUGGCUGCAGUGUGUCUCUGCCGUUUCCUCCCUCCUAUCCCUGGCCUGGGUGCUAGCCUCUUACCACAAACUCCUGCGCGAUUCACGCGACGACAAGAAGAGCAUGAGUUACCGAGGUGCCCUGGUGCAUCUGUUCUGGCGCCUUUUCACCAUCUCCUCACGGGUGCUCUCCCUCGCUCUGUUUGCCUCGGUGUUCCACAUCUACUUUGGCAUUUUCGUGGUGCUCCAUUGGUGUGCCAUGGCUUUCUGGGUCAUCCAUGGCGGCACCGACUUCUGCAUGUCCAAGUGGGAGGAGGUCCUGUUCAACAUGGUGGUGGGCGUGGUCUACGUCUUCUGUUGGUUCAACGUACGUGCGGGCCGGACGCGCUGCAGAAUGGUGGCCUAUUACACACUCGUUCUGUUAGAGAACGCCAUCCUCAGCCUCCUGUGGUAUGCGUACCGUGACCCAGUCACCACUGACGCCUAUGCCUCCUUUGCCCUCUGUGGCGUCUUCCUGUGCUUUGCCUCAGGUGUGGCCUGUAUGGUUCUAUACUACGGGGUCCUUCACCCUAUGGGCCCCCGGUUGAGGGUGCUGGCCAGCUCCUGCUGUGCUGAGCUUCUGUGGGGCCUUCCACUACCCCCCGAGGCCGAGCCCAUGGCUCCCACACCGGGCCACCGCGGCUCUCAGGCCACUCCCACGCGGGGUCUGGCGGGGGAAUACGAGGAGUCCGACGAAACCCCGACGGACACCUGCCUUCCGGUUUUCCAGGUGAGGUCCACGGAGCCCGUGGACGCAGCUGGAAGGCCCAUCCAGCCCGAGGGUCCUCUCAUCAAGAUAGACAUGCCCAGAAAACGCUACCCGGCCUGGGAUGCACACUUUGUGGAUCGCCGCCUGCGCAGGACCAUAAACGUGCUGCAGUACAUUAGCCCUAAUGCGGUGGGCAUCAGGUAUAGGGACGGCCCGCUUCUCUAUGAACUCCUGCAGUACGAGUCCUCCCUCUGAAAGCUUCUCCUUCCACAGCUACUGUCCCCUCCUCUUACACACCACGGUGCACAUGCGUCCCUUUCUUUCACACCGCUCUUCCUCCUCUCCGGAUAGUAUCUCUUUCCAUUUGACACUCGGCUCUCUCCUUGUCUCCCUUCUGAUCAUUCAGUUCUCCCAGCAGGAGAUGUGUGUUUGUAAACCGAAAAUCUGUCCAGACUAAACACGGUCAUGAUUUAUUUUUGGAACAAAACAUCCAGUAUACAGAGAAAAUUAUGAACCUACAAUAUUUGAUAUGACGUCAAGUAUCAUAUAAUUCCCUCUACAUGGAUAGAGGAAAGGUUCUGAAUGAGUGUGUAGAUAACAUAUGAAUGUUUCAUUAUGAAAUGUGAUUAAUGCAUUAUACUGUAUUGGUGGUUCAAAUAUGUGAAUACUUGUGAAGGGCAUACUGUAUGUCCCUGUGACUUGAGUCUGGCGCAAAGCCUGAUGGGAAUGAUGGAGGAGGGUGUCAGAGGGGACAGGUCUUUGCACAUCUCGACAUUUACUGCCAUUCUUUAUGUAAGUUAUUGAAGUGUAUGACAAUGUUUACCAAGUCCUCAGCCCACAAGCACUGAAAUUCUUAUCAUGACCCUGUAGAUUACAGAAAGGACACAAUCACAGACGUUUCCAAGAGAAGCACUUCAAAACAGAUUUUUCUUCUGUGAGCGUACGUGGCUCAAGUGUUUCCUGGCUGUUCUAUUUCUGUUCAAAAUCCUUAAUCAUAAUCGCAUCAUGCAUGGAGGAAAAAAGAAGCACGUUGACCUUCAAUCAGUUCCACCCACACAUUCAAUAUUACGAUGCAGACUGCCCUCCAGUGGAGGCGAGCUGCACCAGCCUUACUUGGUCAUUUUCUCCCAACGUUUUGACAGCACAAAGUUGUAAGAUCACCCACCACCUGAGAUUACAAAAUAAGACACAAUGAAAGGGAUGUCGCAUGUAGUUGAAAUGAGCACAACAUUUUCUAAAUUGGUGGGUAGAGAACAAUAAUUAAAAACAUUCCAAAGACUUUUUUUUAAAGUUUGUAAGUCAAGUAGAGGGUAGAAAGGUAGAAAUGUGUGCAAAGAAUCAAGGAAUCCUCCACCAUUCCCUUCUAAAUCCUAGAAGUUACUCCCGUAUACAACCUACCUAAUAUGAUUAUUAUCAACAAAUGUUUUAGGUUGAUCAACAUAUGCUUAUUGGGUGCAAAGACAUGUAAUACGUUCUUGAAAAAGAAAAAAAAAACAAAUCGGAGAAAAUAUUUCUAUGCUAUUACACUUCAGUACUUAUUCGUGUCCACGUUUAUAACCAUUGACAUAACUGUAUUUUGCCUAACCACUUUUUUUACAUAACAAAAAAUGUUGUGCAGUGUUCAAAGCUCCUCAUAGGUGCAACUGUUCUGAAACAAAAAGCCAAAUCGCGUCUCACAGUACUGUCUUUCCAAUUUAUCUGC